AUGAGGAUUUCUUCAAAGAGGAGCGGGACACAACAUCACGGUUGCGGCAACGCUCGUCAAGAAAGAUCGCGCUCGGCCAAUGUCGGGGUAGUUGCUUAUGAAGGCGACGAUGUCCUGAAUUUCGACACUCUUCAAGUGUUCUCGACGCUGCCACCAACGAUUGACCAAUGUCCUGGCCCUGCUUAUCAAAAAUUUCGAUUUAAAAUCUACUCCUUGCUUGGCUCGACGUCUGAGGCUUCCAUUUACAACUUGAAUCCGGUUCAGGAUGAGGACUUCGUUCGUGGAUACAAGUCGUUGAUUGCGGGAACGGCGCCCUGCCUUGUGCAUACGAAUUCUCAAGCGGCUUCCAUGAUGGUAAAUACGAGUCAGCGGCCAACGCGAUGUCAAUCACUUACUUAUCCUGCUAAAUAA